UUCUCUCUCUUCAACCCAGUCUGUUUUUCUUCUUCCCCGUGCGCACCGUCAGCCGACAGCAAGGAGAGUCCAGAGCGAGCCCCGUGACGAGCGCCGGAUAAUUCCGUUACUGAUCCGGAUCUGGUGACAACGAGAUAUUUACGACUUUGCGUGGAUGAUGUUCUGGAGGCAGCCAGGACCCUCAACGUGUGCUUUCGCACCUUCAUCGAUCUCAGAUGACUUCUCGGUCGAGCCUGAGUUGCACUGCGCUCGCGCCAGUGUCUGUGGAAGAACGCAAACUUAACCAGAGUGACUCCGGCUGAUUCACAGCAGAAGUCUGUGACGCACUGUGACUUUAAGGUGCGGGGAAACCGGGAAGAAAUUGCUCUCGCGCUCUGAAAAUUUCGCGUCUUUUAUAAUAAGGGAGGCUUUUGGUAUCAGCUUCCGGAUCGGUGAGAUUUCAGCCAGAACGGAGCGCAUGAAGAAACAUGGACAAACUGCGAGUCUUUGCUAAUUCGUUAAUUAAAGCUUUCGACGUGUCCAUCUGCUGUGCGCGGGAGUUUGUACGCUAAAUUUUGGAGGACAAAAGCUCGUGUUUUGUGAAAUGCGCGAAAUGCGUGAAAUGCGCACGGCGCGACCUGUCGACUCCAUUUGGCCCUUGCGCUUUUGGCCGAGACGCACCCAAGGCGAGUUGCAAAUUAAAGCAGAAAAUGUAUAACAUGCCAAAUUGCACGUAUUUCUAAUGCGUAUGUGCGUUUGAGGAUUUUUGGGUAACUAUAUGCGCAAUUUCGUAAGUUUGCUGCGUCUGUUUUGGAACGCGGAUUUCUUCAUUAGAGCCUGACUGUGUGUUUAUUCCCCCCCCCGGUUCUUCUUCGUUUUUUGCGCGGUCAUGCUCCGGCAAAUGCUCUUGAAUUCGACGGCGGCGGCGGCGCGGGACUUGGACGCUAUAAGCCAGACGCACGCGCCGGCUCCUCUGGACGUCUCGCACGCGCCCGUGAGUGUGUCGGCGCUGCUGAAGCCCGCGGGUCGCGGAGGCGCCGGCGGGGGCGCGCUGCGUGAGGGCGAGCUCAGUAAACCGGACUUGACGACCUACGUGGUCAUGUGCAUAGUGCUCUUCCUCCUCGUGCUGCUAAUUGUCAUCUUUAUCAACUGCCAGCUGCGCAACUCGUUCUUCGCCUCCACGCCGUAUGACCGUUCUCUGCGCGAGGCCCGAACCUCGUAUAAAUGAAACCUGGCCAAUGUGCACAUGCCUGGUGACGGAAAGCGGGCCUUGCGCUUUAAUCCUCGGAAAGUGGAUUAACCAUGGCCUUUUGGAGGAAUUAGUACCGACGAUGGUCUUAUCUAAAUGUUCCCUUCUCCAGACCUUGAACAGUUUGGACAUGAGUGCGCAGACUGUAAUGUCAGUGCGUUACUCUCCAUGAACUUUAUCUCAUGUCGUGUGUACUGCAGUGUAUUGCAGGUUAUUUUCUUGCAUGAAUUAAAGCUCUAAUUAAAUCUUA